GCUAGUAUAUAAUGAAUGCCUUCACUUCCAUCGUCUAGUUGGUCCACUUAUUGUUCUCCUCUCCCCCGCGACAUCAGAAGGGGAAAAGUGACGACGGAGCAAUGGUUCACGUUAGUUUUUAUAGAAACUAUGGGAAGACUUUCAAGAAACCUCGUCGUCCGUACGAGAAAGAGCGUUUGGAUGCCGAGUUGAAGCUCGUCGGAGAGUAUGGGCUCCGAUGUAAGAGGGAGUUGUGGAGGGUUCAGUACGCUCUGAGCCGCAUCCGUAAUAACGCGAGAAUGCUUCUCACUCUCGAUGAGAAGAAUCCUCGUCGGAUAUUUGAAGGUGAAGCCCUUCUUCGCAGGAUGAACAGGUACGGUCUUUUGGAUGAGAGCCAGAACAAGCUCGAUUACGUAUUGGCCUUAACUGUGGAGAACUUCCUCGAGCGCCGUCUCCAGACUCUUGUGUUCAAGUCUGGAAUGGCAAAGUCAAUUCACCAUGCCCGAGUGCUAAUUAGGCAGAGACAUAUCAGGGUUGGAAGGCAGGUGGUUAACAUUCCAUCUUUCAUGGUGAGGGUGGACUCGCAGAAGCAUAUUGAUUUCUCUCUCACUAGUCCUCUUGGAGGUGGUCGCCCUGGAAGAGUGAAGCGAAAGAACCAGAAGGCCGCUGCCAAGAAGGCUGCUGGAGGAGAUGGAGAUGAAGAGGAUGAAGAUUGAGCCUCAUCUCUUGCUUGCCGCCUUUCCUCUUUUAUAAUUAUUUUUAUUCUCUCAUCUCCAGUUAGAUUUGUUGUUUGGGAACGUUGAGGUCUAGAAGUCAUAAAUUUUGAUGAUUUUCUUGUCAUAUAACUUAUUGGUUGCUACUCUUUUAAGGGUUAUGACUUGUUUCUGAAGAGCAUCAUUUGUUGUUAACUUGCUUUAAAUUUCAAACGGUUAUGGUUUUCAAGUUUAGACAGGUAUAUAUUUGCUAA